AGAAGUAAGCUCGGUUGUUGAUGCAGAUUCGUUGUCCAGAAUCAAGAUCGAAGGCAUUCCUUUCCAGGCAUCUUCUAACUUGCUGUUUAGGUUAACAAUUUGAUUUGAUUAUUUGGCCUCCCUCCUGUGCAAACUCGGAGAGGAAGCGUAUAAAAGAUGAGUGGUAACAAGUAUUCAAUGGCCUUUGUCAUUCUGCCGUAGUGUUAAUGAAAGGAGCUGCGGUUGGACAAAUUUUACACUUAUAUCAGAUAUUUAAUGGGGAUCAACUGAAGUUCCAAAUAGUACUCAAUGCCAAUGGUAAACCCUAAAUCAAAAGUGUCUGGUCGUCCAAAAAUAUGCUACAGACCUAUACUACCAUCCGACCUUGACACUAUAGAGCAUUUACAUGGAAAGCUCUUUCCUAUCAGGUAUGAGUCAUUAUUUUUCCAAGAUGUAGUAAAUGGGCAUGACAUUGUGUCAUGGGGAGCUGUCGACCGUAGUCGGCCUGAGGGCCAAAAGGAUGAACUUAUUGGAUUUGUAACAGCACGGAUUGUUCUUGCAAAAGAAAGCGAGAUAGUGGAUAUUCUUGGAUAUGACUCAUCCAAAUCAGAUCAAACUUUAAUUUAUAUUCUGACGCUGGGUGUGGUAGAAGCAUAUAGAAAUCUCGGAAUAGCUUCUUCACUGAUUCGGGAGGUCAUAAAAUAUGCUUCAAGCAUUCCAACCUGCCGUGCUGUUUAUUUGCAUGUAAUUUCUUACAAUAACGCAGCAAUCUUUCUAUACAAGAAGAUGUCUUUCAAGUGUGUGAGAAGACUGCAAGGAUUUUAUUUCAUCAAUGGACAACAUCAUGAUUCUUAUCUAUUUGUGUACUACGUGAAUGGGGGCCGAUCUCCUUGCUCACCAUUGGAGUUCCUCACUGGAAUAGCAAGCUACAUGAGGAGUGGCUUCAAGUUAAUUGCUGCGAGGCUACGCAGGAAUGAUGAGAGGAAGAUUUCAAGGUGGGCAAAAUGUAAAGAAAGUCAUUCUCUUGUAUCAUCAACGCAUAACAAGAAAAACACGGCAACUGAGUGUACUAGAUAUGAGUGUGUUUGAUUUUCUUAAUUAUAUUGUUGGGUCUGUCUGUUGUUCCAUGUAUAAUAAUACAUCCUUACUUUCUUUUCCUCUAGGAAAUGUCAUAUUGAAACGUAGAAUAACACCUUAUUGAACGACCAUGUCCUGUCAAUAAAGUUCCCCGUGUUCUGUUAAAAGGUGGUGCUGAUUAUCUGUUAAGUGCUGCAACCAAUUACACUUGUGAUCCGGUGGACCAUUCCAAAACUGUCGACUGGUGAUCAAGAGCUUCCAAUUUAGUUUAGCUGUAGCUGUAAUUGUUGUAUUAUACACAGGACUGGUACCCACUUGAUAAUUCAAGGGUUUCCUUGGCAGAUUAUUUUUUGGUCUGUUCAA